AGGUAUUUCGUGACUCGCCUUCUAUUUUUCAAGUGCGAAACGCCCUCCCCCCUCCAUAACGUUGCGUUCUCGCCACGAGCACGUACGCGCAUACGAGCGCACUACUACACACACACACACAUACUUUACAUAUAUACGUUUCAAGAAUUGGUGCUCCCCGCCCUCCGCUGCUUUCGUUUUUGUGAACCGGUAAGUUUUUGGCCUUUUUCGCACUGAUUUAUAUUUAGAGAAAGGAAAAAUGCCUGCUGUCGUUGAGCAGUUGCCGACGUCCGACGACGAGGACCAAUCCACACCGCCGCCGGAGUGCCCCAACGUCGUCAGCCCAGAAAUCUCGGAAGAACAGCAAACGGCCUCCGCUGAGCCGGCUGCGACGGCCACUACAACGGCAGGAGUGGAGGAAGAGCAAGGUGAACGCUCCGUGGACGUGGAGCGCUGCGGUCAGCUGAAAGUAGCAGGGAAUCAACUGUUCAAGGAGGGCAACAUCUCGGAGGCCCUCGUCAUGUAUCGUCGCGCACUUUGGUGUGCCCCAAUCAAACCCGUGCCGGCUCGACCAGCAAAGAGCAACAUGCCAAAACCACCAGCAGACGUGGAGGAGCCAAACGUGACCGACGGCGACAGUGACCACGACGACGAGCCGGCAGAUACGACGGACUACACGCUCACUUCGCAGGUGUACUGCAACGCGGGGUUCUGUCUCAUGAAAUUGGAUGUGAAAGAGGAGGCGGCCCAGAUGCUCUCCGAGGCUAUUCGCCACGAUGACAAGUAUCAAAAGGCGUACCUGCGACGGGCGGACUGCUACUACGACUUGCAGAAGUGGUCCAGCGCGUACGGCGACUACGAAGGCUAUGAGAAGCUGGGUGGGGUACUGGAUGCGCAGGGCCGGGCCCGCAAGACCGCCGCGAAGGCCAAGGUGGACGAGGAAAUGCAGAAGAUGCUCGGCGAACUGAAGAACCUUGGUAACAAGAUCCUGGGCAACUUUGGUAUGUCGACGGACAACUUCAAGUUCGACAAGGACCCCAACACCGGCGGCUAUUCGAUGCGCUUUGAGCGAUAA